AUGGCAGCCGUCGACCAACUCACGGUGCAGGAGAAGCUCCUCCUCGCUCAGGCGGUGUACAAAGUCGGCGCGGCUGACUGGCCUACCGUCUCCAAGCUCCUGAUCGAACAUCCAUGCCAUACCGAUCGCCCGCCCGAGCUCUUCAGCCCCGCAGCGUGUGAGGCAAGCUACGUCGCGCUCAUGGCGGGUAUCGAGGCCCAGGUACCGGCAUUGGAUGCUGCGCGACCACAAGCCAAGGUACACCUCCAGCUCGCGCGCACGUUCUACUUUGCGCGCAUGCAGGAGCUCAAGGACCAGAUUUCUACUUACGAGCAACGUUUCACUGAAUUGAUGCACGAGGUGAACGCGAUCAAGGCCGGCAAGAUGGAUGACAAGAUCAAUGGCGAGAUCCGCGCCGCGCUCGUCAAGCGGUACGGGCGCAAGAUGGUCGACAGCUGGGCGCCGUUACCUGAGGAGGUUGUUGCCGCCGUCGAGGCUGGGCCUGGAGGCGUCAAGGAGCCGGAACCCGCUUCCGAACCCGCAAAUCAGCCCGCGCCAGAGGAGAAGUCAGCCGAGGAGACUCCUGCCGAGGGCAAGCCAGCGGAGGCGGAAGCAGACCCUGCUGUUGAGAACGCUGGGCCACCUGCCGAGGUUGAGCCGGAAAAGGUCGACGAAGCCCCUGUCCCACCAGAAGAGCCUGUUGUCGAGGAGCCAUCCGCCGAGAAACCCGUCGCCGAGGAACCCGCCGCUGAGGAACCCGCAGUUGAGCCACCCGCCAGCGAGGAGCCUGCCAAGACAGACGGAGCUGAGGAUGAGCCGGAGAAGCCCGACGAGCCCGUGGCCGAGCAACUGGCUGAAGAUGAGCAAUCGUCAGACGAGGCGCCCGCCGUCGAGGGCAAGAUGGAUGUCGACGAGGAGCCGGCAGAGGCCGAGGAGAAGGAAACCACCGAGCCAGAAAACGAGGCAUCCGCCGAGCUCGAGGCCGACAAGCUCGAUGCGUCGUCCCAGAAGAAGGACGUAUCCCCGCAGAAAGCCGGCAGAGCGAAGAAGGGCAAGAAGGGCAAGGCCGCGGCCGAGAAGUCGGACGCCGAGGAGAAGGACGCCGAGGCGAUGGACGUCGACGUGGUCCCAGAGGACCAGCCCAAUCCCGCGGAGGCAUCGGGCGAGGACUCUCCAAUGCCUGCCGAGAAUUCAGUCGAAGAGUCGCCCGCCGAGACGGCACAGUCCGAGGUCCCCACCGAGGAUGCCGCCGAGGAGAGGGCGUCUGAGGAACCAGAAGCCGAAGCCGAAGCCGACGUUGAAGCCCAGCCCGAGGCUGAGCCCGAAGCUGAGCCUGAACCCGAGCCUGAACCCGAGCCCAAGAAGCCCAAGUCCAAGGGCAAGAAGGGGAAGAAGGUCAAGGUUGAAGAGAAGGAGCCGACAGCUGAGCCAGAGGAGAAGGAGUCACCCAAGGUCGAGGUCGAGGAGUCCAAGCCCGAGGUCGAGGAAUCCAACCCUCAGACCCCGAAGGCGGGAUCGCCGGUGAGCGAAACGUCCGAGCUAUCGCCCGCCUCCGACCUCUCGCCCCUGCCCGCCGAGGCUGCGCCGGCUGCAACCGCUGCAUCUUCCGACGCACCCGCAGAGGGCCCGCCGUCCUCGCCGACACCAGCGACGCGUGGCCGCAAGCGCAAAGCAACGACUCAGCGUGGGCCUCCUGCGAAACGUAGCGGGCGUGGGCGCAAGGCCGUGACGCCAGUCGAGUCUGACGGUGAGGAGGAAGAGAAGGAGGAGGAGAAGGAAGAAGAAGAGGAGCCGCGAGAGAGACGGUCGACGCGGCGCAAGGCGCCGCACAGCUCGCCUCCGAAGCGCGGAGCGAGCGCGAGUAGCGCGACGCCCUCUGAGCGUCCGCGUCGCGGUCGGCGAGCUAAGCGCGGUGCGUCCGAAGUGAGCGUGAAGGAGGAGAGUGAGGAAGAGGACAAGGAGGAGGAGAAGGAUGAGGAGGAGGAGGAGCCGGAGGAGGAGCCGGAGGCCAAGCCGACGCGCACGUCGGCUCGUCGCAAGGCCGAGCCCCGCAAGCGGCGCACCCCCCGGCCGCCCGCACGCGACUCAGCCGGCGCUGAGGAGAGUGAGAGUGCGAGUCCGAGCGUGCCGCCUGGCGCGGCGACGCGGGGCCAGAAACAGGCGCAGAAGCUCAUCCUGAGCCUGCUCGACACGAUCCAGGAGCACAAGUACGGGCCUGUGUUCCAGAACCCAGUGAAGAAGUCCGUCGCGCCCGAUUAUUACGACGUGGUCAAGCGUCCAAUGGACCUGAAGAAGAUCCGCACGCGCAUUAAAGAUGGGAGCAUCGGCACGAUUGACGAGUUUGAACGCGACAUCCGACUCAUGUUCGCGAAUGCGGCCGUGUACAACCCUAAGGGGAGCCAGGUCGCCGAGUUUGCGCGCGAGAUGCUGGCUGCGGCCGAGGGGCACAUUGCGCACUGGAAGAGCAUGGAGCACCACUUAAACCGGUAG